UUUGUUUUCAUGCAGAGCAAGAGAGAAGUACAAUAUAUGAGCAGCUCUGAUUGGCUAUCACUUGGCAACCAUCACGACGAUAUCUGAUUCGCUAUUCAAGUUGAAUGGCGAAGAGAAAAUCCAAGAUGGCGGACGGCAAAGGAGCGAAAAUCGACUUUUUUCGCGAUACUUGGAUUAGAUACUUAGGUUACGCAAACGAGAUUGGCGAAGCAUUCAAAUCUCAUAUACCAAGAUUUGGGUAUUUUGCAAGCUAUUUUGUAGCGUCAAGUUACGCGUUAGGAGACGCCUCGUCUAAGAGUCUGGAAAUGUACAAGGCGAAGGAAGAUCUUUCUCAAAACGUGAGAUUACGAUCGUGUACGGAAGCCUUCAUCGAGGCGCUUAUCUGGCAAGGUUUAGCAUCUGUAGCUAUCCCUGGGUUUACCAUCAACAGAAUAUGUUUCGUAAUGGGGAUCUUGCUCAAAAGGUUUGCAUCGCAAAUACCGUUAGGAACUCAAUCGUGGAUAACAACAGCGGCAGGUCUUGGUGCAAUACCAGUCAUCAUUCAUCCUAUUGACAGACCUGUCGAUCUUCUCAUGACGGAAGCGAUAAAGCUGUCGGGGCAAUUCGGAGUGCAACACAGCAUAGACCACGGCGAUGGUUGGUCGUUUCCCGGAGCGGACACCCAACUCAUUUUUGAGCACGAAGAUUACUCAUAGAAUCUCGAGCAAUUUCAAAGUCUUUUAUGCUAAUAUUGAAACAAAUUUUAUAAAUUAUUUGCAAGUUUUUUCAAAAUAGAUAUAUCACUAAGUU